UUCAGCAGCAAGGUAGCAUGGGACUUGGUAUGGGUCUUGGAAUGGGCACAGGGGGGCACGGUGGAGGCGGAAGCACCAAUGGCAAUGGCACGAGCAGUGCCACCCCUGAAGGCACCAGCCCCGGUACUUUGAGUGCCUAUGCCAGUGAUUCGCCCAUCUCUUACCAUGAUGAUGAGGAAGAGGAGGAGGCGGUGGAUGAUGGCACUGAAGAGCAGUACAGGCAGAUCUGCAACAUGUACACCAUGUACAGCAUGCUCAACGUGGGUGCUACAGCAGGCGAACGUGUGGAGGCCUUGCCGGACCACUCAGAGACGCGGCCCAGGAUGCGUGGCCGACAGGAUCUUGCCUCUCUCCCUGCCGAGCUCAUCGCUCAGAUCGGCAACCGCUGUCACCCUAAACUUUAUGAGGAAGGUGACCCUGCAGAGAAACUGGAGCUAGUUUCAGGCACCAGUGUGUACAUCUCACGAGCUCAGCUGAUGAACUGUCACGUCAGUGCGGGGACCAGACACAAAGUCCUUCUGAGAAGGCUGCUGGCUGCUUUCUUCGACAGGAGUACUCUCGCCAACAGCUGUGGAACCGGCAUCCGUUCCUCCACCAAUGACCCCAGCCGCAAACCGCUGGACAGCCGAGUGUUGCACGCAGUCAAGUUUUACUGCCAGAACUUUGCCACCAGCUUUAAGGAGAGCGAGAUGAACGCCAUCGCGGCGGACAUGUGCACUAACGCUCGGCGCGUGGUGAGGAAGAGCUGGAUCCCCAAGCUGAAGUUACUGAUGGCGGAGGGCGAUGCCUAUGCCAAUUUCCUCCCCGACAGCAUCAAGAUGGAAGCGGACGGCCUCAGCGGUGAACCCGCCUUCGAGACGGCAAGCCUGGAGGGCGGCGCUUCGGUGGAGACCGGAGGAUCCUCGGGCGAGUCUCUGCAGGGUGUGGGCGGAGACAACGGCACUUUGUUUCAGUGAGCGACCCGGCGAGGAAAGCCCUGCCCCAUCCCCUCUGCCGCCCCACCUCCUACCCGCCUCCCACCCCGCUGCGUGACUCUGGGCUCUGCUGCUUCUGCCUGGGAUGGGAAAGGGAGAGUCGGGUAGGAGAUUGGAGGAGUUUGCACGGUCUAGCGUCGGGAGGAACACAAGGGGUUGAUGCCAGGGGCACCAUUUUCUUUUCAAUCAUUUUUGUUUUUGCUGAAUAACCCUCUUUUGCACAGAAGAUCCCCUUUGCCUCCAUGCUCGGCAAGUAAAUCUAGUCACCGAUGCUAUUGGAAUGCGUAAUUAGGACCAGGAAAAGUUCUUGCGACCGGAGGUCCGAGGUUCCCUGAUCUCACUCUACUGAAUUUGAAUGUAUUCGUGAUUUUGUAGCACCUGGCUAUGUCAGACUAGCCGAUUGUAUUUGGCCCAGGAGAGAGACGGGAAAAAUGCCUGUCAUAAGAUCUGAAGGAACAGCAGAUGGAGAAAGUAGUAGGGAGGAGAGGAGAAAGAGAAGUAGGUGGCAUAUUCUGUCUCUCGGGUCUGUCUAAAAUGGAAAGAAUCUGAUAUCCUCCUCUCCUUCCAUUCCUCCCAAAAUAUAUGUGGGAUCUUAGUCUGCCACGUUCUUUGUUAUUUUUAUGUCGCCGUUUUCUCCUUUCCCCUUCUACUUGUUCCACUGGGUGUGAUUUAUAUGAAUCCAGAGUUGAAAGAUGAUUAAGGACUGUAAAGGAUAAAAAUAUAUUUAUCUGCUCGCACCUUUAGAGCUCAAGAGAGAGGGAUUGUUUUAAAAUCUCUUUUUGUGUUUUUAUUUUUUUCUUAAAUGUUUCUCAAGAGACACCUUGUUGUUGGGCUUUAAAUGGAAAUAGUGAGAAAAGUAAGGACUAUUUUUGCAUAAGGAUUAUCUUGCAGACUGGUGCUUGGCUUGUAUCUCGAUCACGAUCGUGUCCAUAGCUGAAUUCGAUUGGCCGUUUUGACCAGUGAUGUACAAUUUGCGUCUCUCGUCGAAUAAAGGGGUAGUUUAUCCAGAAAUGUAAAUUCUGUCAUCGUUUCCUCACCCCCCCCCAUCUCAAACCAAACACAAAAGAAAAGUGUUUGUUUUCAUUCACUGAAAGGCCAAUGGGGUUCAGUGUUGUUUUGGACCCCGUUGUCUUUCAUUGCAUGCACAUAAAAGUGUUCUUUAAACAUAUCUUUUUAUGUUCCACUGAAGAAAUAGUCAUACAGGUUCGAGAAGACUUGAGGGUGAGUAAAUUAUGGCUGAAUUGGAUAAACUAUCCCUUUAAGAGAAAAGAAAAAUUGGGUAGGACAUAAAAACAAAGUGUUUUUAGUCUGUAAACAUUUUUAGCUUUCUUCCCCCCCAUUAUCGCACACAAACACGCUUUUACAGCCCAGGGGGGUGGGAGGUUGUGCUUCUUAUUGUUAGUCACUUUACUGUCUUAAGGUUCGGGCCUGACUUUGUGUGUGUUUGGGAGCGGAGGAGGGUUUACAUCACCUGUGUCCCAGGAGAGGAGGAGCAGAAUGGUUAAGUCUCUUCAUGUUGCCCAUGUCCCUGUUUGGGCAGCUGUGUGUGUGUGUGUGUGUGUGUGUGUGUGUGUCUGUCUGUCUGUGCUCGCUUAGGCAAGCAUGUCUGUGUCCGCACAAGUCACCAUCUGUAUACAUUCCUUGCACAUAGUUGGCACUGUGCGUUUGCAUGUGGGUGAUGUGUUGAGUUGGGGAUUUAGGGUUUAUGUGCCGGAGGCGUCUCAUACGGAUGCUUUUAAGGAAAUUCGGCCGUCUGAAAGUUUGCCGUAACCCGUGAAAUUUUGCAUAUCCCAAAUUUUCUUUGGGA